CAAUAUUUUUUAUGCAAUAGUAGAGAUAACCACCGGAAGGUAGGCCAGGUACGUACUGACUCUUGGUAUUCGGAAUGGUUCCGCUUCACCCCUCAAUUUUUUGGAUUUUUUUUUCUUCCGCCUGCUUUGUUGGAACACAUUGGUGUGUGCCCCACGUCGUGAUAAUUCGAAUCACCACCACACAUUGUGUCUGAGCCCGCUCUAGCCAAAUUAUAGACACCAUGCCAAAAGCGACGGCACCAACCUCUGCCCGUCAGCCGCGGCGACAUAAUCCUCUAGAGGAUGACUUAUUAGCGACUGGUCCCCUGCGCACAAAAUCGGCCAAGAGGAAGUCUAAGGAUGUAGACGAAGACCAAGAGAGCUAUGUGGACUCGAAGGCAUCCAAGAAGAUUCUAAGGAUCGGCCGUGAGCUGGCUGAAGAAGUCGACACUGCACCGCCGAGACCUCCGACAGAGUCUACCACUUUCGAUUUCAACCCGAGGUCUGAUGACGACACCGGAGACGACGACGCAUUUGAAGACGAGGAAACGUGGGGAGAUGACGACGAGGUUGUGGAGGAGGUGGAAAUAGAACCCGGCGAUCUAGACUUGUUCAACAAGUUCUUGCCCACAGAUGACGACCCGUUACUAUCACAUGGCUGGGACGGGCGGGCGUCGCCGGAGGAGCAGGGCGGAGGAACCAACCUCGCCGACCUGAUACUCGCGAAAAUAGCAGAGCAUGAAACCGGGCGAGACGGGGGUCAGGACACGCAAGCUGCCGACAACGACUACGAACUAUCGCCCAAGGUAGUGGAGGCGUAUACAAAAAUCGGGUUGAUACUCUCUCGAUACAAGUCGGGCAAGCUGCCGAAGCCAUUCAAAAUAUUACCGACCGUUCCGCACUGGGAAGACAUCAUCCAGCUCACGCAGCCCGACAAAUGGACCCCGAACGCGUGUUACGAGGCCACGAAGCUAUUCGUCUCUAGCAAGCCGGUCGUCGUUCGAAGAUUUAUAGAGAUGAUCCUCCUAGACCGCGUGCGGGAAGACAUCUACGAGACGAAGAAGCUGAACGUGCACCUGUUCAAUGCCUUGAAGAAGGCGCUCUUCAAGCCGGCGGCCUGGUUCAAGGGCUUCCUGUUCCCGCUCGUGGAGAGCGGCACGUGCACGCUCAGGGAGGCUACCAUCAUUUCCGCCGUGCUGGCCCGCGUCUCGGUGCCGGUCCUCCACUCCGGGGCGGCGAUCAAGGGACUAUGCGACAUCGCGGCGCGGGAGGCAUCGGCGGGGACCGAGGGCGGAGGCGCAACCAACAUCUUCAUCCGGACGCUGCUGGAGAAAAAGUACGCGCUGCCCUACCAGGUCAUCGACUCGGUCGUGUUCCACUUCCUGCGUUUCCGGAGCGUCGAUCCGGCGUCCGUCAAGGAGGGCGACUGGGCGAACGCGGCUGUCGGCGUCGGAAGCGGAGAGCGGGCGGCGAUACAGGCCAAGCUCCCCGUCAUCUGGCACCAGUGCAUGCUGGCGUUCGCGCAGCGGUACCGAAACGAGAUCACCGAGGACCAGCGCGAGGCCCUCCUCGACCUCCUGCUGACACACGGGCACCACAAGAUCGGCCCCGAGAUCCGCCGAGAGCUACUCGCCGGGCGCGGGCGCGGGGUCCCGGUCGAGCAGCCGGGCUCGGCUUUCGAUGGGGAUGAUACUAUGAUUAUCGACAGUUGACGACGACAACAAACCUACUAGGGUGGGAGAGUCUUGUGAGAGUCUUGUGAGAUACCAAUGGAAGGGGAGUUGGUUGGCUAGGCAUAUCGGCGUUUAGGUGUUGUCUUCGGCUUUCGCCUGCUUAAGUUUUUUCCUAUACUGUGGACGGA